AUGGAAACAACAGUAGUUUUAGACUUCUACUUAUACCGAUUAAUUCUUAAACCUAUAAGCUCAAGCUCAAGCCGAUUCUUAUACCGAAAUUGUAAACCGCCGACAUUCCGGUGUAGUAAUGGUGGAGUUUGCAAGUCAUGGAGGUCACUCGCACUCUCUAACAGGAAGAGGUUUAUGGCGUCCAGACCACCUCUUUCUGUAAUUAUAUCUCCUUCUCCUCCACCCAUGUCCAUGUGUAUAUCUCGUCCUCGUGCUUAUAACAAUACCUGCUAUCUAACUGACUUUGAAGGAAGAAAGUUUAAAACCAUCAUUCCCCAUUCUGCUAGCAGAAUUUGUGUUGGCUUAACUUGUGGUUACUUGAUAUUGUUUGGGAGAAAAACCAACGACUUCUGGCUUGUGAAUGCUAUCACAAGGCAUCAACUUCAUUUCCCUUGUGUCCCCUUUUAUGUAAAUGGUUUUCCAUAUUCAAGAGUCAAGGCUAUCCUGGUCUUUUCACCUUUAGUAUCGUGGUGGUGGUUUGUUAUUUUAGAUGAAUCCACCCACAUAAUAUGGUUUACAAGAGCGGGUAAAGGAGCAUGGAAUCAUGUCUACUCCACUUUCCCCAUCAUUGAUUUACAUUAUUUUAAGGGGAAGAUAUAUACGCUAAACAGUAUAGUAAACACAAGAGAUGAAUAUCAAUUAUAUGAAAAUGAGACUCAAUCCACAUCCCAAAUUGACUUUACUUGA